GGAAGCCACAGUGGGGUCAGGGAGCAACUUCAGAGUGGGAUAACGUAUGGCAGCUCUGCUAAAAACACUGCAUAGAGCAAGCAGGAUGCUGCAGUCAGAGCAGCCAGGCUGUGUUCCUAGAGGACAACAACGGUGACUGAUGAGUGCGGCAGUGCCUUUUGUCUGACAGCUCUCCAGCAUCACAGGAAGGUGUGUGAUGGACACCAUCAGAUUGGCUCCAGCAGUGAGUGGUAUCUGUGGGUGAAGAGCUGCUGCAUGAGCUGCAUGCUGCCUUUCUGUACACCUCAUACCAGCUCAGUAGGGGAAUGCAGCAUUAACAGUGUCAUGAAACAGUACCGUGAAAUAGUGAAUCUAUUAAAAAAGUGAGGAAAGGUAGAACAAAGUGCAUCCUGAGGAGAGAUGGGUACGACGAGGACCUACCACUGCAUCCCCAGCCCAGGGCUGAUCCAGAGAGCAAAGUCCUGGGGCAGGAUGCAGUGAGCCCACAGGGAAGAAAAGGAAAGGAAGAAAAGGGUAUUUGCCCUUCACAGCUGAGCCAAAGCUGAACAAAAUGCCACAGAAGGGAGUGAAAAACUACAGUGACUGCACCCUGUAAAGCCAACUGAGGGCAUACCCAAAGGAAAGGGGGAAAGUCUUAUUUGUCACAGCAAGGCAGAGCUUGGGGACAGGCUGCUGCUUAGGCAGAAGAGCAUGGGGCUGGGCAGGAGGUUUUUUGUCUGCACUGGGACUGUAGCACCCAUACUUGGCAAUGUGUCUUUGAAGCCCCAGAAUGGAAUCUCUCAGCAAUGGAAAUCCUUCACAUUUUCGAAAUGGGUGUCUGUGCCUGGGAUUAAUGGCAUGGCUCUGCUUCAAAUUGCAAUGUAAUCUAAUUGAAAAGUGAGCUUUUCUCCUCAUCCUUUCCUCCACUCCACAGGUUAGGUAUGAUGAGCACUCUUUCUCUGCAAUCACAGUUGCUCUUUCUAUCUGAAAAUACAUUUUCUGAGGCUGCAGAGACAUCUGGAGCGAGCACAGAGCUGACAGCAGAGUCAGGCUGCUGCUGCAUUAACCUGUCUGGGAGGAAACACAUCUCACAGCCCGGGAUGGAUACAGACAGCCCGGCCUGGCCAGCAGAGCUCCCAUCAUGGGGUGGGUAAGACUUUCCCCAGUGGAGUGACACCAGUUUCUUUGAGAUAGGGUGACUGUGAGACAGCUGAUGGGAGGAGGUUGAAGACCCCCAGGGAAAGCACUGCUCUGCCCCAGCCCAAGGGAAAUGGGGAAAGCAUCAUCCUGGUCCCAUCCUCCUGAGAUGACGAAGGAAGACAGGACCCCAGCUGGGCUCCUUCCUCCACCUCCUCCUGUUCCUCCUCUUCCUCUCCUUGGCUCAGCUGUGAACCAGGACCCAACAAGUGUAGGUGAGGAGCACAUGCAUGAGGGGGUCUGGGGGGAUUCUGGGGGUCCCCAGGGCUGAGAAGGAGGUUGCAGGGAUUGGGGUUUUCUGGAUGCUCCCCGCCCCUCCUAGCAGUGGUUCAGCGAGGGAGGGGGGAGAAGGGGGUUUGCAGGAGAGGUGGGUGGAGAAGAAAGGGGAGGGGGAAACGGUUGGGAAGGAGGGGAGAUCACCAGUGCUUGUAGAAUCUGUGCAGCACCCAUGGAGAAUGGUUCAGCCAGCCCCGGAGCCACGCUGGGCAACCAAACAUUGGGCAGGAUGCCCCGACAGCCCCUGGAGCUCCAGGUGGUCACCAUCCUGCUGGUGCUGCUCGUCUGCGGGGUGGGCAUAGCAGGCAAUGCCAUGGUGGUGCUGGUGGUGCUGCGCACCAAGCACAUGGUGACCCCCACCAACUGCUACCUGGUGAGCCUGGCUGUGGCCGAUCUGCUGGUACUGCUGGUGGCUGGGCUGCCCAACAUCUCCGAAGUGGUGGCUUCCUGGGUGUACGGCUACGCCGGCUGCCUCUGCAUCACCUACCUGCAGUACCUGGGCAUCAACAUCUCCGCCUGGUCCAUCACCGCCUUCACAGUGGAGCGCUACAUUGCAAUCUGCCAUGCCAUCAGGGCACAGCUCCUGUGCACCGUGGCCCGCGCCAAGCGCAUCAUCUCCUCACUGUGGAUCUUCACCUCCGUCUAUUGCCUCGUGUGGUUCUUCUUAGUGGACACGUCCCAGGUCACGUUCUCAGAUGGGGAACAAGUCAGCUGCGGCUACCGCGUCUCCAGAAGCCUUUACAUGCCCAUUUAUUUCUUGGAUUUUGCUGUCUUCUACGUCAUCCCGCUGGGUCUUGCAGCCGUCCUCUAUGGCCUCAUUGCACGCAUUCUAUACAUGAGCCCCCUGCCCGCUGCCCCUCAGCAUGCCCUGGGCUCAGCACAUCGGGGCGGCUCCCUCCAGCAGUCCUGCCAGGGCAGCAGGGGGACCCUGAGCUCCCGCAAGCAGGUGACCAAGAUGCUGGCUGUCGUGGUGGUCCUCUUCGCCCUUCUGUGGCUGCCGUACCGCACACUGGUGGUGGUGAACUCCUUCGUGGACCCUCCGUACCUCAACAUUUGGUUCCUCCUCUUCUGCCGGAUGUGCAUCUACCUGAACAGUGCCAUCAACCCCAUCAUCUACAGCCUGAUGUCGCAGAGAUUCAGAGCUGCCUUCAGGAAGCUCUGCAGGUGCGGAUGGAAGAGCACGGAGGUGCCCACACCACGCAGCGUCCCGGUGCUCUAUAGCAGAGCAAAGGAUGGCUCUCAGGGCAGCUCCGAGCACGGCACCCACCAGGAUGACCUGAAUGGUCCCCCUGCACCUGUGAGAAGCAGGGCUGCCAUGCACACACCGGGACCCUGACACAAUGCAGGCAGCAGGAGCUGUGCGGCUGUGUGCACCACGCUGGGAAAGUGCCAACAGAAAUUGCUUGGGCAUUGCAACAAGCUUAAGUUAAUACCUCUCCAGGGCAUUUAACAGAACAGAUUCUUGGAGGCAAAAUAAUUUGCUUUUCCUUAAUGCUAAUUUAUUCUUGCGUGUUGAAGCGUUAGGCGCAGGUCAAUGUUCAGCAUCUCUAAAGAAUCUGUAGUUAAAUAUAGCAGUGCAACGCCAUUCUGUGUUAUGUGCAAGUGCAGCUGCUUGUUGAGUCAGGCCAGAGCAUGGGAAGGAAAUGCAGGAAGAGAAGGGCAGUCAAGGAAAACCUGUCGCCAGAGCAGAUUUCCUAGAGGGUGAGCUUCCCCUACCCAAAUGUAGGAGGCUUCUGACAUGAGCUGCUCCUCCAGGGGUCUGUUGGAAUUAGCAGGACAAUGUGGCACUUUGUCCUCUCAUUCCAGGAAGAGAUGAAUGCACUCCUCUGGUGUGUUAUUUCCUUCCACCAACACCAAAGGGACCACUCUGCCUCUCCAAUGGAGACUCGUGCAUUACACGUGGCUGAAGCUGGGUGUCAUGAACCUCACCCCGUGCUUCUGUGCCAUUGCUGUGCCAACCAGCCCAAGGACACUUGCCCCAGGCUCACAAGCGACUCUCUGGACUGGGAGUAAAAUGUAAGAUCACACAGGAGGCAGAUGCCAAGGCUCCUGCCAAGCAAAACAAGAGGCAGCCACCAGUGACCCUGAAGUGACCGCACACCAUUCUUCGAGCAGCCAGUUCAGCCUCAGCAUCCACCACUGCUUCACAACAAACCAGAGCAUUUAAUCAGAACUUUACCUCUGCUUUGGAAAAGGUCUGUGUGACAUUUCAGAGUGGACACAAUCUUAAAAAACCUUUUUUGUGUCUAUGGGAAAUAACUGCCCUGGGCAAAGAGACCUCAUUCCAUGCAGGGAAGGGUUCAGGGUCUAUUUUGUUUCCAUGUGGUGUGGCUUUGCGUGUGUGAUUAUUGUAUUGUGAAUUAUUAAAUCAUCUAUUCGGGCUCAA